AUGGCGGCAGUGUCGAUUCUGUCGCAGAUCUCCAGAUGUUUGCCAGAUGUUCUUGUCCGCACAACUGAAGGGCUACUCGAACGACUCUCAGAUCCAGUGGCUGAUGUGCGAGCAGCUGCCAGUGCCACUUUCGUCCGCAUUGCUGCCAAUGGUGUUUUUGAUGACCAGGCCUUACGCGCUUUGCUGCGACCUCUUCUGCAAGGGCCCAGUGCAGAGGAGCGUCGAGUUUGCUCGCAAGUGCUGCUGAGUAUUUCGGAGGUGGAAGAGCAUGGGCCUCGCUUAGCCAUGAUGAUUUGCGGCAUCAUUGUGCGCGCCUUGCUGACGUCAGAUGUGAAUGGCAGCGAUGCCAAAAACGUAGCGCUGUCACUCUUGGCCCAGAUCACACCACGCAAGCACGCACCUGCAAUUGCAAUGCUGACGCAAGUGGCCAAAAACGAUGAAGAUGCAAGCGUCCGCCUCGCGGCGCUGGAUGCCCUGCGAGCCGUGGCCGGAGAAGGCAGCAAGCACCUGAAAGAAGCGGCCUUGCACCUGGUGCUGGAUGAGGAUGAUGUAGUUGGGGAUGCAGCAGCCGAAAUUUUGGAGGGCUUAGACCUGACUCAGGAGGAGCCAGACGAGCAAGCGGGAGAGGUGGCACCCGAAAUUCCGAGUGCGCUUGCGCCAGGAGGCCAUGCCGAAGGAUCCGAAGGAUCCGAAGGAUCCGAAGGCCAAGGGGCGCCUGGCGAAGCGCCAGAUCCUCCAGGCCAAAACAUUGAGACCGAAGAGGUUCAGGACGUGACCCGCCUGGCACAACAGUUCAGCAGCGUGCAGUGCUUGGACUUUGAAGGUCCACAACAGAUGGAGCAGCUACUCAAGGACGAGGCACUACAACGAUGGCUGCGGGAGAAUUUUCAGCACUUCGAUGGCUGGGUGUCAGGCGAGGGUGAGCUCACAGGACCCAAAUAUCCCAUGGGCGUCUACCUGGAUGAACUGCGAGUGGUGGAGAUCUUCGAAGGUUCCCCUGCAGAGAAGGCUGGGGUUCUGCCAGCUGACAUUAUCCAGAAGGUUGAUAGUGUAGAGAUCACAACCCAAGAGGAGCUUCGCAAAGAGUUGGACGUCCCAGGAUGUAAGCGCCUCACGGUCGAGCGGGAUGGACAGGAGGCCGUGGAGAAGAGCACCAACACGAGAAAGUCACCAAAGGGUACCAGCCUACAGGUCGUGGCCGUCAUUGUUUGGUGGCAGUUCUUGCCCUGGGAUCCGCACAGAGCCGAACUCAGUGUGAAACCUCCUUCCACUCGAAGGAGCCAGACUCUUUUGGCGGCAACAACGCCUGAUCUUGGAUCCACCUACAUCCAGCCGACCGAUGUGGAGCCCGCCACGGCCUGGGCUCGGAUUGAGGAAGUGAAACAAAGGCUGCGAAGCUAUGCGGACUUGCCGAAGUACCACCACCGCCCCGCCGUGGAGAACGCGGCGCUGGUCUGGUGGUUCCUCCGCGACCGGCGCCUGGACGUUUCGGAGGCCACCAAGAAGUUGGUGAAGUGCCUGCGAUGGCGGCAGAAGUUCCGUGUGGAAUAUCUUGGUCCGGACAUGUUCCCCAAGGAGCUUCGAGCAGGGAAAGGCUACGUUCACCAGCAUCCAGACAUCGCAGGGCGUCCUGUGAUGGUGGCCAUUGCCCGUCGCCAUAGCAUUUUUGACCGGGACUUGUUGGAAAGUUCGCGGAUGUGUUGCUGGAUGUUGGAAACCGCCCUGAAAAGGUUGGCCACGCUGGAACCCCCCUCACCUGGGGCUGCCGCAUCCCCAGAAGGGAUGCCAGAACAAGCGCUGGGUAUUUUUGACCUCCGGGAGUUUUCACCCUUGCAAGCAGAUCUGGAAGUGGCAGGUUUUUUGAUUGAAGUGUUGUACAACUACUACCCUGCGCGCACUGGCAAGGUGCUUCUGGUGGGUGCCCCGGACCUUUUCAAGGCUUUUUGGGACAACAUCAAACCGCUGCUGGGGAGGUAUUCCAAAUUGGCGGACUUUGUCACAGUAGACGAGCUUAGGGAAAAUUAUUUCAAGCCCGGCUUGGAGCCACCGGAGUUUCGCAAAUUGGCGCGUGCUGCCAUGCCAUCCAUGUCAACCAUGCCAUCCAUGCCCAGCAUGAUGGGCGUGUUGACCUGCAUGGCCUUCGCGGGUGGCAGCCUGGCGGCCUGGAAAACCUGGAAGCUUCGGCCACUGCACCGUGGCCGUUCGGCCCGAGCUGCAUCUCUGGUUGGGGUUGGGAGCUCGCAGAUUUCUGCGACGACCGUGGUGGAUGUGCCCAGUGCUGAGGUGGCCAUUGGCGAGUUGCAAAGGAGAAUUCCGGGUCACUUAAAGUGGCGAGGAAGGCCAGCGGCAGAGAAUCGUGGCUUGCUCUGGUGGUUUUUGAGGGAUCGAAAGAUGGAUGUGGCAGAAGCAGCCAGCAAGCUGGUGAAGUGCCUCAGGUGGAGAGAUGAUUUCAGUGUUGAAAAACUGGGUCCUGAGCUUUUCAUGAGAGAAAUGCGUUCACGAAAAGCGUACCUCCACACGCACCCGGAUAUUGCUGGCCGCCCCGUCCUGGUGGUGGUGGCCAACCGCCACAAUGUCUUGGAACGGCGCUUCAAAGAGAGCUGCUGUAUGUGUGCAUGGUACAUGGAGCGUGUGAUGGACAAGCUGAAGACAUUGGAACCUGAAAUGGAGCCAGAGAUUGAGCAAGCCAUCGCCAUAGUGGAUCUCAAUGGUUUCUCCCCAAUGCAAGCAGACUUGGAAUUUGUAUGUUUCGUGGUAGAUGUGAUCCAUAACUACUAUCCAAGGCGCUUUGCACGUGUUCUCAUGGUAGAUGCUCCUCAGAUGUUUGAGUCGUUUUGGAGAUCUGUUUGCCCCAUGCUGCACCACUACCAGGACUUAGCGGAGUUCACCACCGCGUCGGAGGUCUGCCGCCGCUACUUCGCACCAGACCAGGCGCCCCCAGAGCUGACGCGCUCCUUCCGGCGAUGA